AUGCACCGGCCCCGUCAAACCCUGAUCCCACGCAACAUCUCUCCAACCAACCUGUGCACUCUGUAUCGCCUACGCAAAAUGUCCGCCGCUCCGCCCCCAACACGACCGAUAAAGAUUCUCUUCUUGCACGGCUUCACCCAAUCCGGGCCCCUCUUCAGCGCAAAAUGCGGCGCCCUGCGGAAGACACUCCAGAAAGCCUUCCCCGCGGGGAUUACGCUCUCGUUCCCCACCGCGCCUCUACGCCUAUCACCUACCGACGUGUCGUUCCUGCAUGGCGAAGAGAAGAAAGAUAACAGCGACGAAGAGGUCGAUGCCUGGGCUUGGUGGCGCCGCAAGGGCAACAGCGAGCCGUACACAUAUGCCGGUCUUGAGGAGGGAUUGGGGCGGGUAGCGCAGGUGCUGAAGGAGGAGGGGCCGUUUGACGGCGUGGUGGGGUUUUCGCAGGGUGGCGCUGCGGCGGCUAUGGUCGCGAGCUUACUUGAGCCUGGGCGUAGAGAGGCGUUUGAGAAGCUGCAGAAGGAGGGUGGUAUGCGGUAUCCGGAGAGCUUUGAGGCGGAUACGGGGUAUGUGGAGGGCGUUGUGCAUCCCCCAUUAAAGUUCGCGGUGAGCUACAGUGGAUUUGCAGCGAGAGGGCAAAAUCCGUAUCAUGCAUUUUAUGAGCCGAAGAUUAAAACGCCGGUCUUGCACUUCCUGGGUUCUCUGGACACAGUGGUUGAAGAGAGCAGGAGUCUUGCAUUGGUGGAGGCAUGUGAGGUGAGUGAAGGAAGAGUCGUGUAUCACCCUGGUGGCCACUUUCUUCCCAGCACACAGAAGGCAAGCGUGAACGCGUUGAUUGGAUUCAUCAAGGACAUUUUGCACAAGGCUGAGGGGCCAAAGAAGGAGGAGGAAAGCGUGGAAGACAUGGAUGUGCCCUUCUAA